GCGACAUUCAACUAUUAUUCAUGUGAUAUCUCUCGAAGGAGGAUCAUCAUAUUGCUAAAGAAUUUAAAUAGCAAUUACACAUAAAAAUUAAAAAUAAAAAAUGACUGAAGUACUUACCCCAGUUGGGGCUGCUAAGGCAUCCCCAAAAAAAUCCAGUGCAUCGUCGAAGACUAAAACAGUGAGAUCAAAACCAAAUCAUCCAAAAACUUCCGAAAUGGUGACAGCCGCAAUAUCAACUCUCAAUGAUCGCAGUGGUUCAUCAUAUCAAGCAAUUAAAAAGUACAUUGUCGGAACAUACGCAAUUGAUUUGGAUAGACUCACGCCGUUCAUAAAAAAAUAUUUAAAAAGUGCAGUUGAACAAGGUGAUAUAAUUCAAACCAAGGGAAAGGGAGCUUCCGGAUCUUUCAAGCUAGGGGCAAAAUUAAAAGCAAAGCCAAAGAAGACGACACCAUCGAAAGUGAAAAAAGUUGAGGAAAAACCAGUUGUUAAAAAAUCAAAAGCAACGAAAACUACAUCUGCGGAGAAGAAGAAGACUGCUGCAGUUGCUGCCAAGAAGUCACCUGUCAAAAAGGUCAGUUCCACGAAAGUGAAAAUUGCAGUACCUAAGAAGACGGUGGCAAAGACAAGUGCGGUAAAAUCUCCGACGAAAAAAACGGCAAAAGCUCCAACUUCGAAGCCAAAAGCUCCUAAGCCAAAAAAGAUUACAGCGAAAAAAACCGUUAAAACUGCCGCUAAGUAAAUAGAAGAUAGAAGCGAUGAUUUAAUUGCUAUUAUUAAUAUAUAUGUAUAAAUAAUUUUAAAAAGCCGUAUUCAAUCGGCCCUUUUCAGGGCCA